AUGACCCAAUCCGCAGUUCCUACUCUUAAAGUACAGCUGUUGUCUGAGAAUGCCAAAGCCCCCACUCGUGGAUCCGCUCUGGCUGCUGGAUACGACCUUUACAGCAGCGAGGCCGCUGUCAUUAAAGCCCAAGGCCGAGGUCUUGUUAAAACUGAUAUUGCCAUUGCCGUCCCUGUUGGCACUUAUGGCCGAGUCGCCCCAAGAAGUGGACUGGCUGUUAAACACGGACUCAGCACCGGAGCUGGUGUUAUCGAUGCCGAUUACAGAGGAGAGGUGCGAGUUCUGCUGUUCAACCACAGCAACGAGGACUACACAGUGGCUGCUGGCGACAGAAUCGCUCAACUGGUGCUAGAAAAAAUCGUCAACACCGAAGUCGAGGUCCUCACAACUCUCGACGAAACCGAACGAGGCGCUGGCGGGUUCGGCAGCACUGGCAAGAACUAG